UCCUUCAUCUUAUAAUUUUUUGCAGGGCAGCCUCAAAGGGAAGGUUCAGCGUUCAGAGACCACAGUGAAAAUUCAAAUCCCUUGAACCGUUUGAACUUGCAGUGCAGCAUCGAAAAGGGAUUAUUUUCGAGAGAGAGAGAGAGAGAGAGAGAGAGAGAUUUCACCUCGUGAAAAGAGUUUACAAUGAAAUCAUACAAUAAUAGUACAUGGUUAUGGUUGAUAAUUUUGUUAGUUUCUGUUCAAUCAGAAGCUUCUUUGGGAUCUCAGAGGACGGAUGUGGCGUAUGUGACUCUAUUGUACGGAGAUGAAUUCUUGUUGGGCGUUAGAGUUCUGGGAAAAUCGAUUCGGGACACUGGAUCCAACAAGGAUAUGGUGGUUUUGGUCUCAGACGGUGUCUCUGAUUAUACCAAUAACCUUCUAAGGGCUGACGGUUGGAUAGUGGAGAAGAUUAGUUUACUGGCAAAUCCUAAUCAAGUACGUCCAAAGAGAUUUUGGGGUGUCUAUACAAAGCUGAAAAUAUUUAACAUGACUGACUACAAGAAAGUUGUUUAUCUCGAUGCUGAUACUAUUGUGGUUAAAAAUAUUGAAGAACUCUUCAAAUGUGGAAAAUUCUGUGCUAAUUUAAAACAUUCUGAGAGGUUGAAUUCUGGAGUCAUGGUGUUGCAGCCAUCUACAACUGUUUUUAACGACAUGAUGAGCAAAGUCAACACUCUGCCAUCUUACACUGGAGGGGAUCAGGGGUUUCUUAAUUCAUAUUAUUCUGGAUUUCCCAAUGCACAUAUUUUUGAGCCAAACUUGACCCCUGAAGUGUUGGAUACUAGACCAGUUCCUGAAAUGGAGCGACUUUCCACACUUUAUAAUGCAGAUGUUGGUCUUUACAUGCUUGCUAACAAGUGGAUGGUAGAUGAGAACGAACUCCGUGUGAUUCAUUAUACACUGGGUCCUCUUAAGCCUUGGGACUGGUGGACAUCUUGGCUUUUGAAACCUGUUGAUGUCUGGCAGAAUGUAAGGGAUCAGCUGGAGGAAUCCCUUCCUGGAACUGGAGGCGGCCGAAAUCCUAAAGAUGAUUUUCUUGUGAAGUUUCUUAUUCUGUUACCAUUUUGUGCUGUGCUCUUCUGUUGCUAUCGUUCGUUUCUGAAGAAUCAAGGGUACUACGGUUCCUGUUGUAGAAGCUCACUAUGUGAUCAUGUCAGACACCUUUAUUAUAGGAUUAAAUCAGGUGGGCCACUUGCAUAUACUAACAUUUCUACGUCAACUAUUAAUUCCACCCAUCAGCUCUUAAAUGGUGCUCAGUAUAAGGUGCCUGCAUAUUUGGGCGGUAUUUCUGUCUGUGUCUGUUUUAUGACUGCAGUGGUGUCUCUUGGAUUAGCUCUCUUGACAGUACCUCGGCAAGUGACUCCAUGGACUGGUUUGCUUUUGAUGUAUGAAUGGACAUUCACAAUCUUCUUCAUAUUAUUUGGAGGUUAUCUCAAUUUGAUUUACCAUUGGGGAAAGAUCAUGGCGUCACAAGCACCUUCAUUGUCUCAUCAUGGAUCUUCUGAUGAUGAUUCGGGAAAACGCCAUCAGCGACAGAUACCUUCUUGUGAUGGUGCUACAUGGUACUACGGAUUAGGGAUGGCCUUCUUGGCCAUUGUUGCUCCAUCUUUGCCUUGUCUUUUUGGAAUUACUGCUUUGUUUUUACGGUUAGGUUUGAUGAUUGUUGGGGGCGUGAUAUUAACGUCUUUCAUGACAUACGCUUCUGAACAUCUUGCUAUCAGAUCAUUUCUGAAAGGCCUUGAAGAGUGGGAUGUUGCACGAGAUGGGAGCUUCUGUUCCUCAUGUUGAUUAAAAUCUUGAAACUGGCUUAAACUACGGUAGAUUAUUGUUCUAUUUACCUUUAUUUCAUUAAAAUAUGCGUCCUUGAUCCAUAUAAGAAUUGGGAUAAGUUGCCAUAUACAACCCUCACCUUUCAUCCGGGCUUGGACUGGUUAUGCAAAGAUUGGCAACAAAGCAUGACAUUAGGCCGAAGAAAACUUUAGGACAAACUACUGAAAUUUAGAUUUUGAUAAAACUCAAUGACAUUUGAUUUGUCUAACCUAUCUCACAUGCUGAGACUUGGUGGUUGUUAUUGUUGUAUUCAGCUAACGUUUAGCGUUGUUCUAGGGGCAAAUGUAAUAUUAAAAAUUUUGUCUCACAUCCCGAGUGUUUCCAUUGUAACAUUAUUAUUGUUCU